AUGAGACAAAGAGGGUAUUACCCUGACGUCAGACGGCUGUUUUUCCAGACAAGCUCUGGCAAAACAGCUGCCAGAUUUAUGGAAACCUGCUCUUUUUCUUUUAUAUCUGAGACCCCUUGUGGUCCAAAUGGCAACAGUUCACCUGAAUCCAAAUGGUUGCCAAUAAGAUCCUGUGUUGGAAGUAUCCUUUCACAUUUAAGAGCUACACAUAUAGGUGUCUCAACCUUUAGAUUUGAGUAUGAUCUAAUAAAGGCAAGAUCAGGAUAUUUUGAAGAGACUGAAGCCAUUGAUGACCAUAUCAUAUGUCCCAAUCACAGAUUUCAUCUUGGAAAAGGAUUUAGGAGAAGAAAAGUCUGCAUGUCUAAAGAACCACUUUCAAACUGCUGCAACAAACACCAGGCUUCUGAUACCACCGUCUCACUCAUCCAGAGUCAACAGAUAUACAAACAGUAUGGAAUUUUGAUUCCAUUUGGUUCAGGGUUUUGUCGCCAAUGUAGAGUUGCAUUGUGUAACAGUUUAAAAGACCAGGUAGUUCCAUCUGAUGAUACACAUGAGACAUUGCAAAAGUCUGAAAAAUCUGAAAAUAUGAGAUCUGCCAGCUUGACAGCUUCAAGUGGAGAACAGUUUCAGGAACCUCCUUCAGAAACUGGAUUUGAAUUAUAUGAGAACACAGAAUACACUCUUUCUCAAACAAGUCAAGGAAGUGUAUGGACACCAUCAGCAAGUCAAGGAAGUGUAUGGACACCAUCAGCAAGUCAAGGAAGUGUAUGGACACCAUCAGCAAGUCAAGGAAGUGUAUGGACACCAUCAGCAAGUCAAGGAAGUGUAUGGACACCAUCAGCAAGUCAAGGAAGUGUACGGACACCAUCAGCAAGUCAAGGAAGUGUAUGGACACCAUCAGCAAGUCAAGAAGAUGUUAAUUCCAGAAAGAGAAAGGCAUUGGAUUCAUUUCUGCUAACUUGUGGUGCUAGUCCUGUUAAGAAGACAUUAACAGCUGAAUGGAGAGGCUGUUCUGAAAGGACAAAAUCAGAUUACAUCAUUAAAACCACUAAGAUUUUGAAUGAAGUUUUAAAUGUGUUGGUGCCAGGACAAGAAACUGAUGUAUUGCAGGCAAUAAUGAAAUGUAAUAAACAGAAAGAAGAAAGGUUGUUGAAUAUAAUUUCUGCUGCCUAUAUUGGAUGUGAAGACUGGGGUUCACAGCGUCAAAUCCUAUCCAUAGUAGCUCACCAGGUGUCUUACAGCGAAUUGCAUGCUUUGAUACCAGAUUUAUCACGUUACAAAUAUGGUGCAGCAAGGAAACAUGCCUUAUCUGUAGGAUCUGGUCAAAAAGUUCCAGCAACUGAAAUAACACAUGAAGGCAUCACAACUGAACAGAUAAAUCAUUUCUUAUACUUUAUUAUGAGUCCAGCUAUUAUUACAGACAUACCCUUUGGCGAAUCUAAUCUUAAGCUUUCUAAUGGAGAAAUCAUCAGUGUGCCUAAAAUCAUCCUUAACAGCGUAAGAACCCGUGUGGUUCAGCAGUAUUUUAGCUACUGUGAAGAAAUUAAUUUUGAGGAAAAAGGAAGUUUAAGUUCUUACAUGAGAAUUCUUCAUGCCAUAGGACCUAACGUAAGAAAAUGUAUGAAAGGAUUAGACAACUAUGCUGCAGAUGGCGCCAAAGCAAUAGAGAGUCUGCAGAAAAUAGCUGACUUGUUUGGAAGAUUGGAUAAAGGGAAGGAAUGGCAGGAUAAAAUGUGCAAGCUGCUAACAUCGUCUAAGCAGUAUCUUAAAUUGGAGUACAAGACUCAUGUUGUAAAGGAAUCAGAGGUAGCUGAUCAUUGCUGCACAUUUGCACUAUCUGAUGGGACCAAAGACUACACUUCCAGUUGCAGCCAUUUACAUCAAAAUUCUUGUAACCAAUGUGAAGAACUGGACACUGUUCUUGAAUGCUUAAUGGGUGUCUCAAAGACCAUAACUUAUGACAAUGAUGAUCAAAGAGAUGAUACAAUGUAUACUAUUUCAGAGAGUGUCAGAGCUGUUCAUGAAUGGAAAAAACAUAUUCUUCGCUCUGUAAAUCAGGAUAUUGCUCGUAAAUCUGUCCUAGAAAAUCUGAAAGAAGACGAAAUGUUAGUUGAACGUGAUUGGGCCAUGAAGUUUAUUCCAAUGCAAUACAGAGAAUCUCAAUCUAAUUGGUUCGGUAAACGGGGACUCAAUUGGCAUGUUAGUGUUGCAACUUUCAAAUACAGGCAGGCCUUGACAAUGCAUACUGUUAUUCACAUCUUUGACAGUGCACCCCAAGAUGCUGAGACAUCAAAUGCUGUUCUUGGGAACAGUUUAGAGAUUUUUCAUCAAAUUAAUCCUUGCCUGACAAAUGCCUACAUUCGAUCUGAUAAUGCUGGAUGUUUUCAUGGAGCAGCAUCUGUAUGUGCCAUGCCAUUUCUUUCAUCCAUUGUUCAAUGUAAAAGAAUGGAUUUUGCAGACCCUCAAGGUGGAAAGUCCAUCUGUGACAGAAAAGCUGCCCAUGUCAAAUCAUACAUCAGACAAUACGUCAAUGAGGGCAAUGAUGUACAGCAAUGGAUUUUAAAAAUGCAUUAA